UUUCUUUAACUAUAAUUGUUCAAUUCUCUACAUGCUUGCGAGAUAGCCCUUGUCGAGGCUAUCACAUUGUUUAAAUUCUUGUCCAAGCAUAAGCCCAAAAUGAGGCUAUUGCUUUCUUGGUUGAAAGCAUCGGCCCGUGUGGAGGCAAUUUAAUUUUGUGCAUUGAUAUAACAUGGGAGUAUGGGAACAUCGUAUGUGGAAGUGGUGAAUUGUUGUUGAUUGUUGUUGUGGUUUGUUGUUUCUAAGAGAAUUCUUCCCAUUCUUGACUAUCCCACACUUAAUGGAAAAUCAAUUCUAAGAUCUAGGGCAUAUGGAUAAUCUAGGUGAGUAUCACCCUCUUAAUGGGCAUCCACCUCAAGGUGUGCAUCCACCCUUGAGAAUUCCACAUCCUAAUAUGUUUCCACAACCCAAUCAAAUGCAACAACCUCCAAUAAUACAAAUUCAUCCUCAAGAUCAUAUAGUGUAUCCCCCAAAUCCUCAAUUAUCUCUUCGGGAUCACUACACUCCAAAUGAAUACAAUGCACCAACAUGCAUCCGGUUGCCAAACUUUCGGGCAACUUAUUAUGAAAUCAAGCCCGCAACCAUCCAAAUGUGCCCCAUUUUCUCUGGGGUGAGCAAUGAAGAACCACAUAAACAUUUGGAUGAGUUUUUGGAAGUUUGUUCAACCGUGAAAAUCACGGACCUUCCGGAAGAAGUCUUAAAAAUGAAGCUUUUCCCUUUCAUUUUUCGGGAAAAGGCUAAAUAUUGGUUCAAUAACUUGAGGGCAAAUUCAAUCACAUCUUGGGCUCAACUACAAUAUGAAUCCUAAAAAAAUUUUACCCCGCAAGUAGAACCGAUGCUAUGAGAGCUUCUAUCUGUGAAUUCUCCCAAAAUGAGAGAGAACCUUUACAUGAAGCAUGGGAGCGUUUGAACGAUUUGCUACGGAAGUGUCCACAUCACGACAUUCCAAAGUGGCAGUUAGUUUGCUGCUUCUAUGAAAGUUUAUCCGAUACCCAAAAAGGUAUGGUUGAUGCUUCAUGUGGAGGAGCUUAUUUGGACAAAAAUGAAGACGAUGUGUGGCAUCUUUUUGAUCGCAUGAGCGAAAAUUCAAUGCAUCAUUCUUCAUCGUCCCGAUUUGGCCAAAAUUUGAAUGAAGGAGGGCAGAUAACCUCCAAUCUUUCUCAAAUAAAUACUUCCAUGGAAAUUGCCGCUGAGGUCAAAAUUCUUACUCAAAGGUUUGAUAAAUUCCUUUCGAGCCAAAACCCGGCAAUUCAAACAUCCAACUCUUUCCAUUCUCAAAGUAUGACGUGCAUGACUUGCUCUAGUUGUACUCAUAAUACUUCCAAUUGUAUUAUUGGACAAAGUUUUCCAAGUGAGUAUCAAGAACAAGUCAAUGCUGUUUCCAUUCAUCCGGGAAGUAAUCCAAAUUCUAACUCCUACAAUUCCGGAUGGAGUGAUCCUAACUUUUCUUGGAGAAAUCAAGGAGGAGGUAUCAUUCUUUUUCUUCAUAAAAAUUCUCAAGAAAAGUAUGUGCCUCCCCACCUUUGAAAUGCAAACUCUCAAGCAUACCUCUCUCCAUCUUAUCUUCCUCCAAAUGUGAAUCAACUCUCAAAUUCUCAAUCUUCAAAUCAUCAAGCUUAUUUUCAUCUACCUCAAGAGCCUCCUAGAAAUCCCACUUUUGAAGACAAGGUUUUAGAAGCUUUGGGUGAUCUUCGAAAGGAAAAUCAAGUGUUUCAUUCACAUUCUCAAUCAAUUGCAAAACUUGAAGCCCAAAUUGGGCAAAUGGUUCAAACAAUGAAAGGGAGGGCCUAUUCAACCCAAACUUAACCAAACGGCAUACUCCAUUUCCACUUUGAGAAGUGGGAGAAAAAUUGAUAACAAAGUUGAGAGACCUAGUGAAGUUAGUGUUCCGGUGCAACCAAGUGUUAACUCAUUUACCAUUCCCAAUUAUAUCCCUACUUCACUAGAGGCAAGUGGUCACAUUAUGGAGCCAAUUCCAUCAUCAUCAUCUUCCUCCCAUGUAGAGAAGCCUUAUGAGCCAAAAGCUCCAUUUCCUUAAGCUUUAAACUCUACUCCAUUUUCGAGGCAAGAAGGAAAAAUCCAUGACAUGAUGGAAGUUUUUAAACAAGUUAAAAUCAACCUUCCUCUUCUUGAUGCUAUUCGACAAAUUCCACCAUAUGCCAAGUUCUUGAAGGACUUGUGUACUCAAAAGAAAAAGAACAAAGGACCAAGCCCAAAGAAAGUGCUUCUCAUGGAGCAAGUAAGCUCUAUCCUUAAGCUUAACACCCCACCUAAGUUCAAAGACCCCGGUACGCUAACCAUCUCUUGCACCAUAGGGAACCAUGAGGUCAAAAGGGUUCUUCUUGACUUAGGAGCUAGUGUUAAUGUUAUUCCUUACUCCGUGUAUCUUCAAUUAGGUUUAGGAAACCUUAAGCCAACUUCGGUAGUUAUUCAACUCGCCGAUAGGUCUACAAAACAACCAAGGGGAAUUGUUGAGGACAUCCUCAUCAAAGUCGACAAAUUCUAUUUCCCGGUUGAUUUUGUUGUGCUUGACACUGAGCCGGUUCCCAAUCCUACCACUUACAUUCCCAUCAUCUUAGGAAGACCAUUCAUUGCCACUGCUAAUGCGACAAUCAAUUAUAGGUCCGACAUUAUGGACAUCUCUUUUUGCAAUAUCAUGGUUAAGCUUAAUGUGUUUAACACGAGCCAACAUCCCAUCGAUGAAGGCGAGUGUUUCAUGGUGAAUGUCUUGGAUGAUAUUGUUGAAGAAGCCAUUCCUUCAAAUCUUUCCAUUCGUUCUGAAGAUCCUCUUGAGGCAUGCAUAUCUCACUUCAAUAUGGAUGCAUUUGACAUUGAAAGCUCCAUAUAUGAAGUGAAUUCUUUAAUGGACUCCGUAGCCAUCUUAAACUUCUCGCCAUGGAAAAACUCAAAAGAACCUCUUCCUCCAAUCACAUGUAUUCUUUCUUAUCAAAAAGAGGAAGAAGUUGUAAGUUCACCAAUGGCCAAUCCAAUUUAUAAGGACAUUCCUUGUAAUAUUGAGCAUGAAGUCAUUGAGGCGACCUUAGUGAAGGAGGAAAAAGUGAUCAAUGUGGAAGUUGACAAAAAGGAUGAAGAGAUUGAGUUUCCUAAUAAUCCAACCGAGUCUUUGAAAGACAUUACAUUGCCAAGUGCAAGGCCGAUCAUGAUGGACUUUAUCUUCAAGACCGUGGAUGAAAGGGAACAAAUUGCAUCUUCCAUCAUUUCUUUCCAAAUCAUUCUUUUAGGAGAUGUAUUCAUUGUUGUGAGAGAACAUCCAUUGGGGAAAAUAGAUAAAUAGAUCAAUGAGGAUGUCUUAUAUCCGGUUUUUGAUUCUUUCGACUAGUGAGUCGCCCCAACGUCUUUCUAGUGACGUUAAAUACUAGUUUUUCGUAGAGUUUCCCGACUUUACUUCUCCCUCAUUUCUCUUUAUUUUAUUUCUUACAUCUUCGUCUAAAUAAAAUUUUAUUUUAUUUUCUUCUUUUACUUUAUUUUAUUUUUUGUACAAUUCUGCUUUCGAAAAUUCAAAAUAAAAAAAAAAAAUUUGUAAAUGGGUAAUGUAGGUUGGUGUUUGAUUUUAUUUCUAUUUUAUUAUUAUUAUUAUUAUUAUUAUUUUUAUAUAUAUUUCAUGUUAGUUUUGCUUUAUUCAAAAACAUAAAAAAAAUUAAAUUUUUUUUUUAAAAAAGUACUAGUUAGUAUAGAUUGAUAAGUAAUUUUAUUUUAAUUUAUUAUUAUUAUUAUUAUUUUUAUUCAUUUUAGUGUAUAUAUUCUUUUUAGUUUAGUUUAUUUUUUUUUUAAAAAACAAAAAAUUACAAAAAAAAAAAAAAAGAUCGAUCCCAAAAUAGGGGGAGAUCAAUCCCAUUUUCUUGGCAGAGAGCAACAAAAAAAUAGCCCAAGUGGAUUGAUCCCCGUCUAGGUGGAUCGAUCCCAUUUUACUUGUAUUUUUCCCUUCUCAUUAAACAGUGAAGGGGACAUUUUUUUUUGCCUAAAAUUGUCGAUCCCCUGUCAAAGCAGAUCGAUCGCCCCUUAGCACCACGAAUACAUUCCUCUUCUCUGUUUCUUCAAAUUUCUAUUCCUCCCCGUAAAUUUCUUCACCCAAUUUUCUUCCUGGCGUUCGAGUGGAACACGAACCGAAAUCUCCCGCUGUUAUCUUGUUCUCUUCAACUUCGUCGCAUCUGUUCGCUGUUCUUUGUCGAAUAUGGGUCGUUCUUCGGCGAUCAAGGCUGUUUUAGCCUUUAUUUUUUCGGUGUUGCGAUCUCGGCUAGGACGCUGUUCUUUUCUGAUCGCGUCUGUUCUGUUCUUCUUUGGUCGCACCAUCUGAUCGUCUUUCCGGCGAUCAAAUCUGUUCGUAUUCCGGCGUUGGAUAUGGGUCACGGCUGCUUCAUAUUCCGGCGAUUUUGACUGGGCUUGUGCAGCGAUUCGCGGCUGGUUCUUCUCACAUCGCAACUGGAUUGCGGGUCUUUCCGGCCAGAAUGCGAAACGUCGUUCUCCAGCGAUUUUGGCUGGAUUUCGACUGGUUCUGUUUCAGAUCUCGGUUGGGUGCGAUUGGGGAAGUUGGGUUGCCGAUUUGGUAGGUUGUAGGUCUGAAAAAAAAAUUUCGGCGCCGUUUGCUUCGCCUUUUAUUUUCCAGCGCCGGCUGGGUUCUCUGUCGUGGCAGCUCUUUCCGGCGAUUCCGGCUGGGCUUAAAUUCCGGCGCUGUUUGAGACUCGCCCUUUAUUUUUCCGGCGUUGCAACUGGCUGUUCCCUCCAGCGAUUUUGGCUGGAUUUUGAUUUGGUUUCUUCAACGAUUCUGGCGGCUUUUGACUAGGUUUCUCCGACGAGUAUGUGGGUAAGUGUUGAUUUUGUGAUUUUGUGAUUUUGUGAUUCUGGCAAGUUUGUGAGUUGUUAAUUGGGUUCCAGAUUCCACUGUUUUAAAAGAAUUUGCAUUGAUGUUUUAAAAAAAAAAAUUUUUUGAAUUAAUAUUACAAAAAAAAAAAGAUAAAUAAAUAAAAAAUAAAAUAAAAUUACAUUGAUGACUUAAAAAAAAAAAAAAAAACAGUUGAAUUGUUGUUAAAAAAAAAAAAAGUGCAUAAAAAUUUGAAUUGAUGAUUUAAAAAAAAAUUGUCAUUGAAGUAGGGUUACUGAUUUUGGACUACUUUCCAUAUAUUUCAAUCUUUAAGAAAUGACUCGUGUUUCUUCUUCCAAACUUUUCAAACCCUCCAAAGAGACUCCCAAAGUUGUGUGGCGCAACAAACGUCUGGAUUUUGAGACUACCUUCGACAUUGAAGGUACGUUUUGCCACAAUAACACGACUGAAUGGGCGGUGUUAGAAUUUGAAAGGAGGCGUUUGUCCUGCCUUUUUAGACCAGCUGCAGAGGUUGUCUAUCCCCGUAUUGUGCGCCUGUUUUAUCAGAAUAUGGAAUGGUUUAGUGAUGCACCGGACAUAUUAGUUACAACCAUUGAUGGUGUCCGAAUUCACUUUGGUGUCUUGGACAUAGCCCAGGCAUUGGGGUGUCCACAUUUGUGCCCCACUGACUUGCUAGCACAGUAUGGGGAGCUACGUUUUGGCAAAUUCGUGAAAAAACCUACUGUGCAUUCUAUUGUUAAAGAUAUGUGUGACGGGAAGUAUGGUGACAAGAAGAAGAAGAAUUGUGCCAGCAAGUCCUCACUACCUAAGGAUAUGUGGUUUUUCGAUCAGGUUCUGAAACGGAAUGUUUUUCCAAUAGGUCAUAAGGUACAGCGGGGACAAGAGUUCUUAAUAGCGUUGUAUGCUACCCACACUGGAACAUGGUUUUCUGUUCCAGCUUUCGUCUUUAACCAGAUGUAUAAAUAUUGGAAGCAUUUAGUGGCAAGUGGGGAUCCGAAUGCGAAAAAAUGGAAACUUCCGUUUCCGUAUCUUAUUACCCAGCUCCUUGUCCUUCGGCGCUUCAUGGUUGAUAAUGAUGAGAUCUCUGAGGCUCCACGGGUGACUUUUAGGCUAGCAUAGUCGAACUUAAGCCUUUCUCAUAUGCCUAGUGCCAAGAAGGAAGGUGAUGGCAUGGUAGCAGGUGCUAGUGAGGACGUGAAUGCUCUGGUUGAGGACGUCGUUGGGAGGUCUGAGGAGCAGAUUGCUGAUGGUGCUACUUAUGAGAUAGCACAGGCUGUGUCACCACAUGCAGAGGAGUUUGCAAGGGUGACUAGGGCAGAGUUCAAUGCCAUUGUGGGGCAGUUGAGGACCGAGUUGGCUGAAUCUCGAGAGCAGCAUCGAGUCGAGCAUGCUGAGCUUAUACAGCAGCACACCACUACCCAGUGCAUGCUACGAGAUCUAUAUGAGAUUGUUUCAUCGAGUCUCCCACGCACUUCCACAUUGCCACCUGAUGCAUGAUUUCUUUUGUCUUUUUCUAUUUUAGGUGGAUGGAAUUUUAUGUGGCUAUAGCUAGAUUUUUGUGAUUUAGAGCUGGCUAUUUUGGGAACUUGUAAUUCUGGGAUUUGAUGAUAUACUUUGGUUUAAUUCAUCCAUAUAUGUUUUGUAUUGAUGUUUUUGCUAUAGAUAUAUACAUGGAUGAUUGUUUUUGGCUUUGUUAUUCAUAUUCAUUUUAAAAAAAAAAAAAAAACAAUAAUAAAUAAAUAAAAUAAAAAAAAACAUAAAAAAAUAAAAAUUGCAAAGUAUCAUUCCGUCUUGCUAGAGACGUUAAACUUAGCCCAUUUUUCUUAUUUUUGUUUAUUUAUUUUAUUUUGUUGGUUGUAUAUACAUGUUCUUUUCCUUUGUUUCUUUAAAAAAAAAAAAAAAAAAAUGUGUUACCAGUAUGCCCUUAUGCUUGGUUAUGACUGUUUUUAUCUUUUAUCAAGGUCAUUCAUCUCAUUAUUUCUUUGCCUCUUAUUAUAUAUUGUUUUGAACUGUAUGCAUUGCUUAUUUCAUAUGUAUUUGAUGUGAGUUUGCUAGUAUGGUUAUACAGCUAGGUUUUUGCAUCCAAGUUUAGGGGAGACAUCUUUCCUACUGGAUCAUUGCCGGACUUCAUAGUCUUUGCCAUUACGGGCAAUAAAGUUAAAAUGAGCUAAGAACGGUCCAUUAAAGCUUUUUUGGAGUCAAGCAAAGAUAUUCAGAAAAAGUUCAGAAAAUGGCAAAAAGGAGGUCGCAGCCCAUUGCUCAUAUAGUGUGUUUAUUCUUCAAAAGCGGUCAAUCUCAGGCCUUUGAUGAUGUUCCCAAAGAUGAAAAAGCAAACUAAUGAGCUCGGAGCCAAAAUGGAGCUAAAUAAGGAUUAAAGGAAAUUUCCAACUCUGGGGGGAUCGAUCCCCCAGGGUGGGGGAUCGAUCCCCCAGGACUUGGCAACAUUACAGAUUUUUCUUAUUGUUUGGGCUUAUUUUGUGAACUAUUGGGCUUUAAUAGGGUUAUUACUUAAGGCCCAGUGAGUCAUUAGUUUAGGGUUAGUUUUUAUUUUAUUUAGGAGAGAGUUUUAUUAUUUUAUUAUUAAGUUUUAUUUUAUUUUUCUGUACGGGGAUAUCACGUUCUCUCUGGGGGAAAAAGGAAAAGCUAGGGUUUGAAGGACAUUUUUACAGAGGCUUUGUCUACAAUUGAAGGAAUAAAAAGAAGGAGCCAAAAGAUAGGGAUGGAGCUUGUUAACACCAUGAUCAUCUUCUCCAUGAGCUAGUUCUUCACUUAGGGCUUGGAUGAGCCCUAAGUUCAUGUAACCUAAACCUUUGUUUUUCUUUUCUUGGGGAAUUAUUAAGUUGUAAUUAAAUAUUUGGCCUUGUGAUUUAUUUAUAUAUACAUGCUUGAUUUGACAAA